CCUGAGAAACAGAAUUAUUUAACGUCCAACAACCGGGCCGAGCAGUUGUCUUGGUUUCCAAAGCUCUCCGGGAAGUUUGUCCACUGUAUAUUCAGAUUGUUUCGUCUUAAAAAUAGUACAAAUCAUCCGGAAUGUUCAUCAUCAUCAAGCUAUUCACUCUGAUGUUGGCCCUUACGGGAGUCUGGAGUGCGGCCCUUCCUGAAAGCCAGGUGGCCACUGCGGCUAGGACGACAUCCGGGGACUUGGCCACCGCCGAAACUUCAGCCAAGUUGCUAAAUCUUUUUGGAACUGGGCUUGGCUCUGGCUACCCCAACUACGGCUAUACCUACAAUCGUCCCACCACCGGCUACUAUCCCGGCUACAAUACGAACUACUAUGGCUCUUCCUCGUCGGGCUUCUAUCCGAGUACGGGCUAUGGUUCCAACACCUACUAUCCCAACCAGGGGAGCUAUGGAUCCUCCGGUUACUACCCAACGCAGGGAUAUCCCUACUCCAGCAGUUACCCCACCACGAACAUUCUGGGAUCCCAGGGAGGCGGAUACGGAGGCUAUGGCGGCUACGGAGGCUAUGUGCGCACCACUUUUGGCUAAGGCCGCCAAGAACUCAACCAAAUGUUACACUCCAGCAGCACGCAUCAAAAUCAGCACACAAAAAGAUCGUAAAACUUAUAUAAGCCAUUUAUUAGGAACCAUCUCCAAAGGCGAAAUAACCUCUGAGCCGGAAUUUUGGCGACCCACUUUAACAUUGCAGUCAAGUCUCCUCAAGUUUUUGCGGGGAGACAAAGUCUGUGCAACAUCUUGACUGCCAAGUCUUAAAUUUUAAGUAAAGUAAAGUCAUGUUUAUGUUUUCCCCCUUCGGCAGCUUCUGCAGGCUCGUAAAUGCAGUGGAGCGAACUUUUCACUGGAAUUUUCUGGGGAAAGUGCCCCAAAGCCCCUCUGGCAGUUGAGCGUGUGCUGAGAGCAAUUUGUGAUAAGCUAAUAGAUUUCCCUUGUUAAAUAAAGCAAAAAUUCCCGAAAAAAAA